UGCAUAAGCCACCGCCUCCUCUUCCUCACGCCGCCGCCGUCUCGGUGCAUCCUCCUCCAGCCUGAAGAAGCCGCCGUGCAGCUGCUUCGCCUGCCAAGGACACGAGCCCGCGUUUGCCCCCCGGUGCGCACCGCCCAGCGGGGAGAGGUAGUUCGGUUUUCCCAGAAAUCUCCUGCUAAAUGCAAGAGUUUGCAGUCCUGCAGUUUACUUACUGUAUUGCCAGAGAUUGAAUUUGACACAGAUUCUGGAAACCACAAGGCGAGCUCUAGAGUUCCCUUUGAGAAGAAGCCAUACUCGACCGAGAUGUCACGGCACCACAGCCGGUUUGAAAGAGAUUAUCGCACUGGGUGGGAUCGCCGAGAGUGGAGCUCCAAUGGGAAUCAUGUGAACAGCAGUAACUGUAACAGUACAGCGAGCAGCAACUGCAACAACAGACCUGGCCUAUUGCCUUUGCCAAUUGUUCCCUCUCGACUACCUACUCCAGCCACGGCUGCUUGCACCACAGUGAACAGCGACGUGAGAACGAGCCUUGUGGCCAACUCAUCCGCAGCUUCAACUACCAAAACGCCUUGCAUUUCCAAGACUGAAAAUCAGCCUCAAGGACUUGCAACUAGUGUUAGGUGGGGACAGACACCCAUCAAUCAGUCUACACCCUGGGACACAGAUGAACCACCCUCUAAACAGAUGAGGGAGAAUGAAAACCCAGGUACAGCACCAUGGGUUACAACAGUUGCAGCCGGUAGCCAGCCAACUCUUAUAACUCAUUCAUAUGGAAUGACUCAGCCUCCAACCUUCAGCCCAGCAGUGAACGUCCAGGCCCCUAUCAUUGGAGUUACACCCUCACUCCCUCCUCACGUUACCCCUCAGCUUCCAUUAAUGCCAGCUCAUUAUCAGCUUCAACAGCAGCCUUCACAGCCUCUGAAUAACAUGGUUGUGAACCUGCAAAGCCAGCCUUUGUACACUAACAGCCAGCCGAUCAUGUCCUCUAUGACUGGGGUUGGUCAGGUGACUCACCCAGGCCACACUGCAGUAGGGAAUGGUCAUAUGACUUGCCCUAUUCUGCCUCCACCACCACCUGCUCUGCCUUCAGCUGCCCUACCCAAUAGUGUUCCAGCUACCAAUGGGCAGGCUGCUCCUCAGCUUCCUCCCAGCCAGAUGGGCAAUCAGGAGACCACAAAUGGGGUACAAAUGCUACGGACUAUUGGCGUGGGAAAGUACGAGUUCACAGACCCUUGGCAUCCAAAAGAAAUGUUGAAGGAGUUGAACCAGCAACGCAGAGCGAAAGAGUUUACAGACCUGAAAAUUAUUGUUGAAGGCAAAGAGUUUGAAGUCCACCAAAAUGUUCUAGCUUCCUGCAGCUUGUAUUUCAAGGACCUGAUUAAAAGGUCACCACGAGACAAUAGCAGAGGCGGGGAGAAGCUGGAAUUGGCCAUGUCAAACCUCACUGCAGAAGUUCUGGAAUUACUACUGGAGUUUGUUUAUACAGGUUCUUUGAUCAUAGAUUCUGCCAACGCAAAAACUCUUCUGGAGGCUGCCAGCAAGUUCCAGUUUCAUACUUUCUGUAAAGUCUGUGUGUCAUUUCUAGAAAAACAAUUGACUGCCAGCAACUGCUUAGGAAUAUUAGCCAUGGCUGAAGCUAUGCAGUGCAGUGAACUAUACAACAUGGCGAAAGCAUAUGCCCUACAAAUUUUCCCAGAAGUGGCCAAUCAAGAGGAGAUCCUUAAUAUCUCAAAAGACGACUUCAUUUCCUACAUGUCCAAUGACAGCCUGAACACCAAAGCAGAAGAGCUGGUGUACGAAACAGUGAUAAAAUGGAUUAAGAAGGAUGCUGCACUCAGAGCUCAGUAUGCUGCGGAGUUGCUGGCAGUGGUCCGCCUCCCCUUCAUCCAUCCCAGUUAUCUGCUAAAUGUUGUUGACAAUGAGGAGUUGAUAAAGUCUUCAGAGGCCUGCCGGGAUCUAGUGAAUGAAGCAAAACGUUAUCACAUGCUCCCACAUGCCCGACAAGAGAUGCAGACGCCAAGAACCCGGCCCAGGCUAUCAGCAGGUGUGGCUGAGGUAAUAGUCCUAGUGGGAGGUCGUCAGAUGAUUGGCAUGAACCAACGAGCUUUAACGGCGGUCACUUGCUUAAAUCCUCAGAACAAUAAAUGGUACCCAUUGGCCAGCCUGCCUUUCUAUGAUCGGGAGUUUUUCAAUGUAGUCAGCGCUGGAGACAACAUCUAUCUUUCAGGUGGCAUGGAGUCUGGUGUCACACUGUCUGAUGUCUGGUGUUACAUGUCCUUACUUGAUAACUGGAAUCUCGUAUCCCGCAUGACAGUCCCAAGGUGUCGACACAACAGCCUGGUGUACGAUGGGAAAAUUUAUACCAUUGGAGGCGUUGGUGUGGCAGGCAAUGUUGAUCAUGUGGAAAGGUAUGACACAAUCACCAACCAGUGGGAGACAAUAGCUCCUCUGCCGAAGGCCGUGCAUUCUGCAGCUGCUACUGUUUGUGGUGGCAAGAUCUACGUAUUUGGCGGGGUGAAUGAAGCUGGUCGAGCCGCUGGAGUCCUGCAGUCAUAUGUCCCUCAGACUAAUGCAUGGAGUUUUAUAGAGUCUCCAAUGAUCGAUAACAAAUAUGCUCCUGCAGUCACUCUCAAUGGGUUCAUCUUUAUUCUUGGAGGAGCUUAUGCAAGAGCAACCACCAUCUAUGACCCAGAGAAAGGCAAUAUUAAAGCAGGUCCCAACAUGAACCACUCCAGGCAGUUCUGCAGUGCCGUGGUUCUUGAUGGAAAAAUUUAUGCCACUGGUGGAAUUGUUAGCAGCGAAGGACCUGCGCUGGGGAAUAUGGAAGCCUACGACCCUAAGACAAACACGUGGACGCUUCUACCCAAUAUGCCAUGCCCUGUGUUUCGACAUGGCUGUGUAGUAAUUAAAAAGUACAUUCAGAGCGGUUGAUACUACCAAGGAGUUGGA